AGUGUCCUGAGGAUGGGAGGGAAGCAGAAAAAGCUGAUCUCGAUCAAUGACAACCUGAAACAUCCCAGCCAAGAAGGAGGAGAAGUCAGAAGUUACGAGUGUUCAUUGGUUUAUGAAUCUAAGGUGGAGAGGAGAACAGACAGUAAAUUAACUGGACAUAGUAUGAAGCUACUUAAGAUUAGCAGGCUGGAAGAGAUAAAUACACAAUACAAAAGAAACAGACUAGAAAAAACAGCCUUUUUUCAGAGUAUGGAAAAAAUGGAGAUGACUAGAAGCUUUAAGGAAGAAAAAUUCAAUGGACCACAUCCUAGAACAGAAGAUGAUAAGGUCAUCAAAGAAAAGUUACAUUUGAAUGAAACAGAAACAAAAGAAAAGAAGCCACCAGAUUCAACAGAGGGGGCCAUCCAAGAGAGCCAGUCCUGCUCUGAAGAAGAAGUUGAUAAGCUCAAUGAGGAAAAUGCCAAGAGGGAAAGUUCUGUUCUGCUUGAAGUGGAUCCUCCCAGAUUUCAUACUGAAGGAUCAGAGAAGGAAGAAGAAAGUUUGGCUUUCGAAAGUUAUUACGAACAUAGGAGAAACUCUGUUCAGGAAGAACAGAAUAUAGAAGAAUAUAGGAGAAACUCUGUUCAGGAAGAACAGAAUAUAGAAGAAUAUAGGAGAAACUCUGUUCAGGAGUCAUUUGCUCCAGCAAAACAGCAGGAAAAAGAUGCUGUUGAUGAUGCUUGUCAAAGGCUAACUGUGCAAGAGAUAGAGAGUGAGCCUCCAACAGAUGAGGAGAGGAAGGAGGAACAUCAGGUGCCUGGAGAUGAACAACAAGAGGAGAGGGAGAAUGAAGAGGUGGGAAAUGCUGAUAAGAGUGAAAAAAGUGUUGAGGAACCACCAGCUCCUUCCCAAAAGGAAGAUGAGGCAGAACAAAGCCAUGAUCAAGAGAUACCAGAGGGAAGGUGUAAAAGCUGCGAAAAAGAUGAUAUUCCUACUCCACCAGCACCAUUUGAUCACCGGAUUGUCUCAGCCAAAAGGGUGGGGAUCAACAAUUAUUAUAAUGUCAAUGAGGAUGAAAUUCUGGGAGGAGGGCGAUUUGGGCAAGUGCACAAAUGUGAAGAGAAAGCAACAGGUCUCAAGCUAGCAGCCAAAAUUAUAAAAGCAAAAGGUCCAAAACAGAAGGAUGAAGUUAAAAACGAAAUCAAUGUCAUGAAUCAGCUGAAUCAUGUGAACCUCAUCCAACUAUAUGAUGCCUUUGAAUCUAAAAAUGACAUUGUACUUGUCAUGGAAUAUGUGGAAGGAGGAGAGUUAUUUGACCGAAUUAUUGAUGAAAACUACAAUUUGACAGAGACGGAUAGUAUCUCAUUCAUAAAACAGAUCUGCAAGGGAAUUCAGUACAUGCACCAAAUGUACAUUCUUCAUUUGGAUCUCAAGCCUGAGAAUAUCCUGUGUGUGAACCGAGAGGCAAAUCAAAUAAAAAUUAUUGAUUUUGGAUUGGCAAGAAGAUACAAACCCAGAGAAAAGCUUCGAGUUAACUUUGGGACUCCAGAAUUUCUUGCUCCUGAAGUUGUGAAUUAUGAGUUUGUCUCUUUUCCUACAGACAUGUGGAGUUUAGGAGUCAUUGCUUAUAUGCUCCUCAGUGGAUUGUCUCCUUUUUUGGGUGAUGAUGACAACGAGACCCUCAACAAUAUUCUGGCCUGUAACUGGGAUUUUGAAGAAGAGGAAUUUCGAAGUGUUUCUGAUGAGGCCAAAGAUUUCAUCUCAAAGCUUCUCAUCAAGGAAAAAUGCUGGAGAUUAAGUGCAACUGCUGCCUUAAAACACCCAUGGUUAACAGACCACCAGCUCCACUACAGACUCCAGAAAAAGGCUAAAGGUCACUGUGCAUCUCAAGCACCCCUGGCUCAAUAACCUUUCUGAAAGAGCUGCCAAACAGAAGACCACACGUUUGAACU